CUCUUUUUUUUUUUUUUUUUUACAUUUCACAAGAGUUAUGUGUUGCAAAAUGCAACCAAAUUCAUCUGCACUUGGGGAAGAAUUGUUCGAGUGUGAGUGAGACUGCAGAUGUGGACACCUGAUCAAUUUUUUAGCACCAAUGGAUUUAUUUUUCUGAACCAGCAAUAGUAUAGGCCCCUCUAAUAUAACAGCAAAGCAGCAGGUUCUUCGUCCUUGACCAUUUCUGUUAUUCUUGACAAUCCUUAUUCAUUGAGUUCCUCUUUUAAUCAGGGGUUUAAUCAACUUCUGUAGCUGCGUAUCUGGCUUACAAUCAGGAAAAAUGGGUGUUUCAUUUUAAGCCUCAAUAUGUGGAUGAUGUAGAAAGACGUGUGAAUUCGCGCAUGCGCAAAGACAGCGCGCAAAAGUCGGUCAAGUUCAGCUGGGAAUGGAGCAGCAGCCUGCAGCCCAGGACUGUUUCAUUGUAUGUCUGCAUCCACACUAGACUAUUAAAUAUUGUGUCAAAUUACACAGCUGUUCCAGGUGUUAACUCCAACCAGUGUAGACACUAGAGGUCAGAAAUCUGACAUGCAAAAGUGAGUUUGGGUGUAUGCGUUUUCUCGCCGCAGCUCUUGUACCUGGACAUGUACCUGAGACUGGACUGCAUCCUCCUGUAAAUCCGCUGACUUUUGACUUUGAGAGUCCUCCCUCUCAGGACUCAUGCAGUCUGAACAGAGCUCCGCGCAGUGGACAAUCAGCUGCAGCGCAAACAACAUGCCUCCUAUAUCACUGUACGCGCGAACCAGCCGUGGAGUUCAGCGCAACGCGCCCUGAUCUCACAUCCAGCACACUGCAGCGGUUGGAGAAACUCAACAGUACGUGAAGAUGCCGUUUUGCAAGCGCAUCACUGCGCCCAAGGACGUGUGCAAAAGCGCGCUGAGGAGCGCCGGAGCGCCGUUCACCGACUUGGCGGACGUGUGCGGCUUUAGCCUGUGCUCCAUCAUCAGACAGCUCUCAGAUUUGUGCAGGCAAUCGGUCAGCAUCCUGGAGGAACUCGAAGGAGAGAUCGCCUCCAUUUGCCAUCGCUCGGGAACCCUGGAGAACAAAGUUAUCAGCUUGCAGAGACACGUCUCGGCGCUGGCAGCCAGCAAACCGCCUCUGAAAACCACCACCAACUUGGACUCGGAGAGCAAGCGAACGGCCCACUUCCAAUCGUCAUGGCAACAGCAUGUGAAUGUGUUUGGCUCAUGGAGUAGGCCGGAGUGUGUGCAGGAGCUGCACCAAGAGGCUCAGCUCAACCUCCAGAGCCUGCUGCAAGACUUCGAGGAGCAGCUGUAUGAUAACAGAGUAACUGGGCAGACAUUCCGGCACCCUUCGUCUCAGAGCUCAGAGGACACCUCCACUACCUUUAGCCGCUCGCCUUCCUCACACAACAACAAAAAAACAGAGUUUGUCUUCCUGCCUGCAAAUAAACAGGUGUGUGAGGAUGAGACAACAUCAUUAGGAAUCCGGGCUCAGGACCCGGCUGCUUGUGGCUCAGACCGCUCCCUCCUGGGCUGGAAUUCUUCAGUGGGGCCCCCGGUUGCUGAAAAACCUCGCUGGCACCUGAGUCGACACUCCUCUGCACACCUCGUCCCUAUCGAUGUCACUGGCCAGAGCUUUGAUAAGCACGCCAGCGAACUCCAGGCCCCCUUUAGAACUGAAAAGGCGGUUAACCCAAAGACCAUCCGCCGCCCAAGGAGUGUGAUCGCAGGCCCUGAUGUCACGCUGCACUGCCAAGGUGAUGGCAAAAUUCUUGCUGUUGAUCUGAUACAGGGUGCUUGUUCUCCUGACUCAUCCCAACCAAGAUCUCUGGAACCCACCACAGAGAAUACAGGCGAGCAGCACAUACCUUUACGGAAAACUCAGAGUGACAGAGAGCACAGUGUCCCCCCAUCUCCCAAAGCCCCCAAAGGCAUGAUGGACCAUGCCACUCUUAUGUGCCCCAGCUCUUCUUGGAAUGGCCCAAAGGGUUCCACUUUUUCUCCCUCCUGGAAUGACUCCUACAGCUAUGCCCUAACCCCAGACCCUGCUGCCAAGCAGCCUUUGUCAAAACCUGGGAAAUCUGACUCGGGUGGAGGUGGCCUUAUAUGCCCUUCUCAAACCAGCUCUACCAUGUCCAUAAGCUCUGUAUCACACUCAAACUCCUUCACUUUCAUCUCAGAACCUUCUGGGCACAGGACAUAUGCAGUCACACAUGGAAAUGCAAUUAAAGGAAAGAUUUAUGAGACUGAGGGUGCAGCACCUAGUCCAGCAGCCGGUAAUGGGCUCAACAAGUGUGAGCAAGAGAAGAAAUCAACGCGAGCAAAUGCUUUUAAAUUCCGUGAACGCUCCCUUUCAACACCAACGGAUUCUGGAUCACUCUGCUCAACAGACAACAUAUGCUGCCCAGGAGAGACAGUACCUAUAGUCAGAGAAGGUGAGAGCUAUGCUUUGCUGUACCCUAGCAACAGCUCUGAGGAUAACACCAGUACAGACAAUGUGUCUGUAGCAACAGGGUCUGACUUCUUCCCAGUUAGUAGGCUAAGGUCACGAUCAAGAAGUAUCUCACUGAAGAAGCCCAAAAAAAAGCCACCUCCUCCAGUACGCAGUGUGUCCCUUGUAAAGAACUUGUCAGCAAUUGGUGGGAUGGGCUCACACCAUGAUGAAAGACAUAUUAGAGAUGGUAGGCCUAAGAGCCUCUUCAUUCCACGAGAUCACAAUUUCCAGGAUUCAUUCCAGCCUGAGUUCCUUAUGGCUUCUAAACCAGAUGAAGAGACACACAGCAGUUUGGAGACAUCUCAGCCUCCUGACAGAGAAGCUGAGCUAGGCUUCCCACCUCACUGGCAGCUCAGUGAGUGGAAGUCCAACAAUGACCCAUAUCGUUCAUUAUCAGGCUCUAGCACUGCUACGGGUACAACAGUAAUCGAAUGCGUUAAAGUGCGUGAAAGCUCAGAAUCCCUAAAUUCACCAUCAACCUCGCGUGCUACUUCCCCUUCCCCAGUUUCCAUUGAAGCAGAAACUAAGGCCUCUCCAUUCAAGCCUCCAUGUCUUAUGUCCCCCUCGAGUGGAUACUCGAGUCAGUCUGAGACUCCCACCCCAACUAUUACAUACCCUGCCAUCAGUGGACUGACCCCAACAGGGUGCAAGAUGCGCCCAAAAAUCCCAGAAAGAAAGUCCUCUCUUCCAGCAACCUCACCAAAAGACAAAUCCCAGUCUCGUCUUUCAUUUGAGUUACCUGCGAAUUCCCCAGUAGACUUGUCAUCUGUCAAACCCAAACCUAAAGCAAGCCGGAGACACUCAGACACAUCUACCACCAACAAACCAGGAAAACCGAGUCAGUCAUCACUGCCCAUGGUUACCACAACAGAUCUGCGAAACAUAAGACUCCGCUCAGUAAGUCGCUCAGAACUUGAGGACAGUCCUGAUGGAUCCUCUGACAUCAUAGAAGAGGAACAAGGACGUGAUAUUAGUCCUCCUACCACCCUAUAUAGCUCUAAGCCACCCAAGCCACCAGUUGCAGUAAAGCCACCACUUCCCAAACGACCCAUGAACUUGAUGCUUAAGUCUCCCUCAUCAUCACCCCAUGCUCAGGAAUCUCCACCAGCCUCCCCAAUAGACCGACCAAUGCCUGUAGGCAAUAUUUACAUGGUGGUCAGGAAGCCUAAACCUAAGAGGCCAUCCCAAUCAUCAACCAGUCCAUCUGCAGUUACACCUCAAGAGCAUGUGCCUAGGAAUCCACCUCCUCUACCUGAGCUUGACCUUGAACAUGGGAUACCAAUUGAGGAGGAUUUUAUCUUUCCUAGCAGUCCAGAGAAAGAGGACAUAGGCAAGAACCUUUGUGGUCAAAGUCCCAUUUUCUGCAUAGGUGAAUUAGACAAGAAGAAACCCAAGGUACCCCCACCAGUACCAAAAAAGCCAAAUGUUCUUCUUUUACCUUCCCCUACUGUCCAGGUACCAAGCAAUGGCACUACAGAAAAGCAAAGCCUGCUACUGGAAAGUGGUUCUCAGUCACCUCUAGGCCCACCACCAUCUGAAGCUGAGGAAGCUUCUUAUAAUGAAGAUGAUCAAGACAUAUCAAUUUACCAAGAAAUCCCAGGGGGUUGGCAGAGCAAUGCACACCAUGAACAUCAAGGACACCUGGAAGGUCUUGGAAAUGAAGAAAACAAUGAUGCACCAGAGGACGGUACCCCCAAGGAUAUUGGAUCGAUUAGAGAUGUUGAGAUAAAGGCAUUUACUGCAGAAAUAAUGGCAGAAGCUCCACUUGAGGAAAACAGUUCCAUCAAAGACAAGACAGAACUGCACAUCACUGAAGAAACAGAUGAUGAUGUGCUUGUAAACACACCUACCACCCAUACAACUGAAGACCUUUUUACCAUCAUACACAGAUCUAAGCGGAAAGUCCUUGGCCGUAAGGAGCAAGCAUUUGGCAGUCGUCAGAGCCUUGUGUCACCUGUGAAAAGUAGCAGCAGUGACAUUCGAACUUUGACACUGGGAAGCACUCCAAGGUCAAAUUCUCGGAAUGAAAACUUCAUGGCACUUCUUCAGAAAAAGGGCAGCAAGUCAAGCAGUGGAACACGGGUCUCUGCCAUGGAACUGCUGAAAAGCACAAACCCUUUGGCUCGCCGUGUCACUGAGUUUUCUCAGUCAGAUCUGGAUGCUGCUGGGACUGACCCAUCUAAAACAGCUCUACCAGACCAGUGAUUGAACUUGUAGAGAUCCGAAUGUAAUGGCUCUUAGUGCAUCACUGCACAUCUAAAUGGUUUUACUUCCCGGGAUCUUGCACUGUCUGAAGUAAGGUGCUUUUGAGUUUUUUCAACCCUGGGUCUCACCUUUUUGUCAAGUGGAGGUGGAGUGCUGUCCAUAUCAAAAGGGAUGGAACAAAUUGUUUAUAUGAGGUUCUGAAAUAGUUUGGUUAGCAUUGGAAAUAUAGGCUCACCAGCCAUUGUAUGUAGACAAAUUUGCCAAUGCCCACAUUUAAAAUGCAGAAUUAUUGCAAGUCUAAGAAAGAUGAUAUUUCUUUUGUGAUUAGCUUGAAGUUCAUAAAACAAAUGCGAAAAAGCAUAAUUGUCCUAGUCAGAAAGAGAAAUACGGAUGAUCUGCUGUGGAGACCCCUAAUGAGAGCAGCUGAAAGAAGAAGUCGUCCUAGUCAGAAAGAGAAACAUUCCAUAAAGAAAAUGUAAAACAAAUUCCCUUACAAAGCACUUUUAUUACUAAAGUAGUUUACAGUAGAUUUAUUUGUCAUUUUUGUUUGUUUAUAUUCAUACAUAAAGAUAUAAAGGGUCCUGUUUAACCUUCUGGGGUUGAAUUAACCCAGAAUAAAACCGAAUAUCCGAUAUUUAAAUAUAGAUUAAGGAUUUUUGUGGCUUUCCUUAAAACUGCCUUUUUUUUUUGCCAUGUUUACAACAAACAGGGACUAAAGUCACAAAAUAGACAACCUUCAUGCAAUAUUCUUUCUAAAUUAUAGAUCUUCCCUUACUGCCAGUAGUGGUACACAAUGGGUAGUAGUGUUGUGUAUGUGUAGUACAUACAGUACACACAGUGAAAAACCAAAACCACCACAGAGCAGAUUAUGAGAACGGUACCAAAUGAAAGCAAAUAUAAGCUGGACACAAAGAAAAAAAAAUAUCAAUGACUGUAGACAGAAGCUUUCAAAUCCUUCUACUGGGGUCUUUGAUCCUGGCUGUCUAAUAUGGAGAACCUUUCAGGGGUUUCUUGUUAUGGUUAUCGAAGUAACCAAGGAAAAUAGUUGUUAAGGACUACAAAUGGUAAAGAAGAACUUCUUAAGGUCACCUCCAUAUCUUUUUAACCAGAUAUUUGGGAGAUAUGGUGCUGCAGAAUAUUAUAAUCACCACAUGCCCAAAAAAGCUGCAGCUACAAUGUGUUCCUAAAAAUUUUAUCUGUGUCCACAUUGUAAUUCUCACUUAUUAUAUGACCAUUUCAUACUAUGCAUCAAGGCUGGAUGUGCUGCUUCUGUGUCACUUAGGGCAAAUUAGCAGUGAAUGCCUAUUAAUAUCAGGAAGAGGGAACAAAGCUCAACAGUUUAGUUUUCUGAGUUUUUUUUUUUUUGUAUAGUCAUCACCCAUGUCACUGCUGAAAAGGACAUUUAUUUCUUUGGUAUAACUCAUAGACAAAAACUAUCAUGAGAAUUUGAGGUCUGUGUAGGUCUCAAAAUCAGGUUUGUCUAUCAGAUGUUUGGAGACAAAAAGACAGAAAAUUUAGUGUGCAGAGAAUUUCCCAUAAAGACUACUUGCUCCUUCCCAUUCCCUUGAAAUAUUUUCUCCCACAUGUGAUUGUGCUGCUCUGGCUCACAAUCAGAAUCAUGAAACCUGGUGCUAUUGAGCCAGAGCACCCCCUGCAGUCCAGGAGGGGAAGCACACCUGGUGAGAAAUCUGUUCCGGCACUGAGGAUAAAAAAAAGUUAAUUAUAUCAGGCCGUCAGGUAUCCUGAAAGCAUCUAAAUAUAUCAAAGAAUAUAAAGUAUUACUUUAAAAUAGUGAGUGAAGCUUGUUUUCAGUAUUUAGUGAAUGAAAAAAGACAACCAGUGUUUGUUUGCCUUGUACUCUGGCGUCAAGCCUGUGUUUUUAAAUGCCUUGGUAAUGCACUUCUGUAGAAAUAUCCACAGUUUCUUUUAGUCUUUUUAUGAAUACUACUCUAACGGUCAUUAUUACUCUUGUGCACUCUGUGCUGCAUCCAUUCUUAGUUGAAAUUAGCGUAAAAAAUUCCAGAGGACGGUGGAGAGGGAGAGAGAAAGCCAAAAUGUCUGGAUAUACAAUGAGUGAAGUAUGUAAGAGGAAGAAAACAGAAUGUUAGAAGCCAUAUGUUGAGUCACUGGGAGUUUUCACAUACAUCUAGUGACAACUUAGACUGUACAUUCUGUCACAUAGACCAAAAGGAUACAGUGACCUAAAGCAUAAGAGAUUUCUUUAUGUGACAAACUAUCAUUAAAACAUAUACUUGCUUCUGUAUUCUUCCUCCUUUCUCCCUCCAUCUUGGCCUCUUUCCCAUUCUCCUAAUGACUCUCACAGGAGCUUAGGUUUGUACACAGAGGAGAGAUGAAUUUCAAAUAUGCCCCGACAAAAUCAGAGCACAGUGAACUUUGAGAAAUUCAGACCCUAGAGGGUAUAGUUUUUUAAAGCAUUGUGCUUAGGAUCAGCAACUAUUGGACAAUUGUUUAAAGAGACUCUGGGGAUUUAUUUUAAAACAUUUUUGUGAAUCAAUUUAAGUCAGAAGUCGUCCCCUUCUAAGCUUAGAAACUUUCAGCCAGUGCCAAAUUUGAAAACAUACACUGUAUAUAAAAUGUAAUUCUAAGAUACAAUUUAGUCAAAAUUUAUCAUAAAGAUUACUAUAUCAGAGAAUUAUAAAGACUAUAAAAGAUCACCUUAGAGUUUGCUGACUCUAUGAAAAAAAGCUUUAAUUGCCCAUUGUCCUUGGGACAUAAACAGUUGGCUGGGAAAGAAAGAAAGUACUGGGAAUUAUAUUUUUGUUAUUUUAUCAUUGUAAAAAGACGUAUAUAAAGAAAUCUGAAUAUUAUGAGCCUCCCUCUCCAGCAGUAAGGAUAUGUAGCUGUGAGCUCUUCAAGCAGCUAUGUCUUGCCUAUGUGAUAAAAAGUUACAUAAAUAAAUUAUUUUUCUUGCUUAAA